AUGAAGCACCUGGUCAUGGUCGGUGCGUGCUACAUCGACACCAUUCUCAGCGUCCCCCAUUAUCCCGAAGAGGAUGCCAAACUACGCGCCACAAACCUGAAAGUCCGACGAGGUGGGAAUGGCGGCAACUCACUCGAGGUACUGGAGCAGUUCCUCUCAACGCCACCAGAUCUCGCCCUCCACCUCGUCACAACGCUUCCCAACCGCCACGCAUCAGCCACCGCGAAAGUGGUGUCAUCAUUCGGGCCAGACUCGCUGAUCGAUCUGAGCCACUGUGUCUACCGAGACGAUCAGUCAGAGGCGGCCAGCUGUUGGAUAAUGUCUAGCCAGGCGACGGGUACGCGAACUAUCGUGAAUCACAACGGUCUGGACGAAAUGACGGCAGACGAGUUCGUCAACGUUGCGGACGCGUUCCGUGACGAAGAUGCUGCAAAUAUGUGGUGGCACUUUGAGGGUCGCAUCCCAGAAACGAGCCUCCAGUGCAUCCGACACCUGCGCCACUCUUAUCCACGGUCUCGCAUCAGCGUCGAGGUCGAGAAGCCCGCGAGGCAGGGCUUGCGGGAGCUGGCCGCUGAGGCUGAUGUUGUGUUUUAUUCGAAGAGUUGGGCUGAGGGCGAGGGAUACGCAAGCGCUGAGGCAUGUCUGACAGGCGAAUGCGCGCGGACACCUAGGGCGUCAAUCCUCUGUUGCACUUGGGGAGCUUUGGGAGCCACCGCCAAAUCGCUCCCGACUCAGCAAAUCUUCAACGUCACGCCAGAGCCCAGUGCGACUGUUCAAGUCGUCGACGCCAUAGGUGCCGGGGACACGUUCGUGGCGGGGACCCUGUACGGUCUGCUUUGUCGGAGGGACGACUGGAACGACCAAAGGAUAAUCAGGUUCGCCGUAAACCUUGCUACAACCAAGAUCCAACAGGAUGGGUUUAGAGGAUUGGCGUCCAAAAUGUUGCCUGCAGAUUGA